UUUAUCGAAGUACAAAUAUUUUUCGGUCUAUAAUGAAAAACAAAAACAAAAACUAAAACGUAAACCAUUUUGAAACUAUAAAUAAGAAGGAGUAUUUCGUAGACUGGUACCAUAAGUAACGGUCUGCAUAACAAUGGAAACAACAGACUUACUUUAUUUUGCUAUAUUCAUCCUAAAUCCGAUGAGCUCCAUCGCUCAAGAAGUUCCGGGAUCACUUGUUCCUUCUUCAAAUUUGAACCCAACUGUAACCGGAUCCGGUACUACCUGCGAUGGAAGAAAUUACUAUACCACCUGCAGUGACUGCACCACGGUUCUAAGCUGUAUCGGUCCCAGUUCGGAUGCUAGAAGUUGUCAGUCAGUUUCACCUGGAAAACCAUUUUGCGACGAUGGUACCUGCUCUGCUAAUCGACCUAUCAACGGCAAUUGUCAGAUAUCUUCGUUCACGUGCACCAGCGCUGGAUAUUUUCCUGAUCCUUCCAACUGUGGCAUCUACCACUACUGUGGCCAGGCACUUGAACCUGCUUCCACAUAUCAGUGUCCCCCUAAGUACGUGUACAAUGCAGCAUCUCACAUGUGUCGCCAGAGAACUCAGAAUUCGAACUGCGUAACAGUAAAGUGCAAUAGAAAUGCACUGUUCGUACCCUAUGGAAACAGUAAAACGUACUUCGCCUAUUGUCAGUACGAUGAUGCAGCCAACAGCGUGAUCAACGUGUUCAUGUUCAAAUGUGUCGACUAUGCAACUUUCGAUGGAUCGGGCUGUGUGUUUAUAUGUCCUACACAGGGAAGCUUCGCUCAUCCGGAUCCGAGAAAGUACUACCAGUGCUACUAUUCGCAAUCGAAACUGGUGUACAGUGUAAAGCAGUGCUCGAAGGGAAAGGUUUUCGAUAACUCCUCGAAGGUAUGUGUAACGCCGGUGACGCCGUAUUAGACAUAUGGAAAUGAACUAAAAAGCAAGCGAACAGCACGGAAAUGUAAUAAAAGUUAUUUAAACAUGCUUGCAGAUUGCCUCCUGUCGAAAUAUUUUCACUCUUUUUUAAUACUAAUAAAAUAUUUGAAUUAUAGC